AUGUCGAAACCAGAAGACUAUACGAAGCCAGUAUACCGCAGUCAGAAAUACCAUCAUUGGAAAAGGAUAGAGCAAAAUGUCAAGAGUGCGGCUAAGAAGGGCAAGGGUGGUGCACCGGUGAAGUAUUCAUUAGCCGCGUCUUCGAAUGGCAUAAAGUGUAUUUUUUGUGAACAAGAUCACCCACUAUAUCGUUGUUUUGCAUUUAAACAAAAAUCAGUUGCGGCAAGAAGAAAGUUUGUAAGCAACAACAGUGUGUGUUUUAUUUGUUUGAAGUCAGGACACCCAGCUAAGUCGUGCACAUCUACGUUCAAAUGUCGAAGCUGUAGCGGCAAGCAUAGUACGCUAUUACAUCUGGACAUGGUGAAGCCGGCAGCGUCCGGUGACGCUGAAGGCUCGAUGGAGAGUACGGAGUCUGGAGAAACCAAGACGAAUGCUACCGACAGUAUAGCUAAGUUCUCGGGUACUGCACGUGCAGAAACCACGGUGAUUUUAGGCACAGCUAUUGUGCGCGUUCGCGAUAGCUUGGGAAAAUUACAGACUACACGAGAUCUGUUAGAUAGUGGUUCUCAAGUUUCUGCGAUCACGUCAGAAUGUGCCACUCGACUAGGAUUAAAGCGUAUUAAAAGCAGAAUAGAAGUGUCAGGACUGUCGCAACAACCAGUGACUAAAGUCAAAGGGAUCACUCAAUGUCAGUUCAUUCCACUUCAUGCAGAAGGUCCGCAAUUCUGUGCUUCGAGCGUCAUUAUUCUUACGCAUAUAACAAUGCAACUACCUAGUGAUAGACUACCUGCUGUGGUAUGUGAGCGAUAUCACCACUUGGUGUUAGCGGAUCCGGAAUUUGACAUACCUGGGCCGAUCGACAUGUUGAUAGGAAGUGACUUAUACCCACACAUGUUACAAUCCAGGGCAGAUAUUAUUCACAGUACGGGUUUGCCGUUCGCUAUGAACACUCAGCUCGGAUGGAUUGUGGUGGGAGCAUUGGAUGAAUCACCAACGCCACCUAUGGUUGCACUAUCAGCUACAUCGACUCCAGAAAUCGAACGUUUAAUACAGAAAUUUUGGACUGUGGAAGAACCAAAUAUGCCAGAUAUCCUAACAACAGAGGAUGAACAAUGUGAGGUAUGGUUCCAGAAGUCAACAACCAGAGACGCGUCUGGACGGUUUGUGGUGUCACUGCCGUUCCGAUCGACUGUGCGCGCUCUAGCGGAACCAUUGACUAUUCCAACGGCGGGAGCUCAGGGCGGGAGCCCAGAAGAUUUAAGCUCAUCACGCAGUUUAGCGUUGAACCGUCUAUACAAUCUCGAACGACAACUAGCUAAAGAUUCGGAGUUAUACACCGCCUAUCGUAAGUUCAUGGAUGAUUACCUAACUUUAGGCCAUAUGAAACCGGCAUCGGUGCCGGGGAAAUAUUUUAUACCACACCAUGCUGUGGUUAAGUAUGAAGAAAAUGGACUGAAGAUUCGGGUUGUCUUCGACGCCUCGGCGAAGUCCACAUCAGGGAGAUCCUUGAAUGAUUGUCUAUGCAUUGGUCCAAAGUUACAGACUGAAAUUAGUGAUGUACUACUUCGCAGUAGAUUUUACAGGUACAUGUUCGUCGCCGAUAUUGCGAAGAUGUAUCGGCAAAUCAGGGUACGUGAAGAGGAUUGUGCCUAUCAACAUAUUCUGUGGCGUAGGUCACCGGAGGUAGAAGUACAGGAGUAUCAACUGCUAACCGUCACUUAUGUUGUAAAUUCAGCUCCAUAUCUUGCGUUGCGGUGUCUGCGUCAACUCGACCUGGAGGAUGGUGCAGAUUUUCCCCAGGCGAAGGGCCUGUUAAUUAGUAAUACCUAUGUUGACGACAUAGUCAUCGGUGCCAACAGCGUAGAGGACCUGUUGGCCGUACAGAAAUACCUCGUUAAUUUGUUACAGCUGGGCGAAUUCGAGCUUAAAAAAUGGGCAAGUAAUUGCGAUGCCGUGCUGAGGUGCGUACCGGCCGAGGAUCAUGCAAUAGAACCGACUUUCACACCAACCGAAGACAUGGCGUUGAAAGUGUUAGGAGUGCAUUGGGAUCCCACAACCGAUGCCUUUGGAUAUCACGGAAACACUGACGAAGGGUCGAUAACCAAAAGGACUGUGUUAUCUACCAUUGCACGGCUGUACGACCCAAUUGGCACUCUAGGUCCGGUCUUGCUGCGGGCCAAAGGUUUAAUGCAAGAGCUAUGGCUCGAGAAAAUCGGAUGGGACUCUCCGUUACCUACAUCGUUAAUGGUGAAGUGGCGUCAGUUCCUAGACGAGCUACCGUUGCUGUCACGCGUAUCUUUACUUCGUCACGUUGAUAUCCGCCAAGUCAAAGAAGUUCAGAUGGUAGGGUUUGCCGAUGCAUCACAACGCGGCUACGCAGCAAUAGUUUUUUUGCGGAUAACUGACAACUUGGGUCACUCUCAUGUUUAUUUUAUUACUUGCAAAACCAAGAUAGCGCCAUUGAAGACAUCACAAACGGAUACCAACUCUGACAAUUCCAAGGCUCGAGCUGUGUGCAGCUCUACUUUUGGCCAAACUUUUGUCUCACCAUUAUGGAUCAUUAAAAAACAUAAUUCCCAUUGA